AUGACGCUGCUGAAACUACAGUUGCCACAGCUCAAGGAGGGGGAGCAGCCCAUGGAGUUCCGUGAUAUAGAAAAGAAAGGGUUGUCAUCGUGGUGUUCACAAAUCACAGUCGCAACCCAAGGGCUUGCCUACUAUCAACGCCUUGAAUUUUUGACUCAGCUGGAUGGUGAGGCAAGACGCUUUUUCCAUGCCCAGAGUGAUCCCAAGAGCGCCGCGGCCCAGUGGAAUAGUGAUGAAUCAGAUAAUGAUGAUGAAAGCGACCAGAGUCUUAGCGAUGAUGAUCGCGGAACAGAAGGCCAUCAAAAGGCGGCAUCACAACGAAAGAAAUUUGUUCAGAUAUCCGACGAGGAUCUUUUGGUGAACUGGUAUGAUGUCCUCAAGCUGGAGCAGCAAGAAGCUGCCGUGGAUGAGCAGAUUCGGCAAGCUUACAAGCGUUGUUGCUUGGAAACCCACCCCGACAAACAGAAAGAUCAUUCAGAUGAGUUGUUCAAGAAAGUACAGCGCGCGUUUGAUAUCCUUGGCGACCCGGAAAGGCGUCGGACCUACGAUUCCUCACGACCGUUUGAUGACAGUAUCCCCGAUGCAGUUGUGGAGGAAUCGAUCUUUUACCGUACCUUUAGACCGGUUUUUGAACGGAAUAAGAAGUGGAGCACCGAAAAGGACUUACCCUCACUUGGCAACGAUGCCACACCCUAUUCUAGUGUGGUACAUUUUUAUGAUCGCUGGAGUACUUUUCAGAGCUGGCGGGACUUCUCGCACAUCGCCGAGCUUUCCGAAAUUGACGAUUCAAUGUGUCGCGAAGAGAGACGUUAUUAUAUGCGUGAAAAUGAGCGGCAGCUCGCACAACAUCAUCGUGAAGAGCAAAAACGAAUUCGGAUGCUAGUGGAGCGGGCUCGAAAGAAUGAUCCUCGCCUACGCCGCAAACGAAACGAAGACGAAGCCAAACGGAAAAAAGAGCAGGAAGAGAGAGAGGCGUUUCGGGAAAAACUGCGAGCCGAGGAGCAAUUUCGUCAAAAACAGGAAGAAGAAAAGGAGCGAAACCGGCAACAUGAAGCGAUUCGUACCGCGCAGGCACAAAAGGAUGCCAUACGACAAGCUCAAAAGGAUUUGUUAUCCUUCCUUGAAAUGCAUCAUUUAAUCGACAAGACGCCAACCAACAAAAUCCUUCCCAACGCAAUUCGAAAACCCAAUAUUGUGUGGUUGUUUUCAAAAUUGAAUGAUGUACAAGAGGCGCAGUCGGUGCUGGAGGCGGUGCGGUCUGCCAGCGCCACCAAUGGAUCCAAGCCAAUCAUCACCACUGGGGAGCGUGGGGCUAUCCCAGAUACAAAAGAAUGUGAUGCUGACGAGAUUGAGGCAGUUCAAGUAUUCAACCGUUAUAUUUAUGAAUACGAAAAACUCAUUGGGAUGGACCGUUAUGGGGAACCCAUAAAGAAAGCCGGGUAUGGUGAUAAAAUCCAUACAGCGGGAGCAGCCUCCAGCGGGGCCGCUGCGAGCGCGUUGGGUGUGAACAAGAAGCCGGCACCCCCUGUGGUGUGGGCCCCUGAUGAUCUCACACGCCUGCAAAAGGCCAUCGCGAAAUACCCCCCCGGCACCAUCGAGCGCUGGCCUAAAAUUGUCGCCGCACUACACAACCGCUUCACAGAGGAGCAAGCCAUGACCAAAGUGAACGAUCUAAACGCCUCGCUCAGCAAUUGUAAUAGUGGGCAUAACGGCGUCAGCGGUACGGGAGCUGGUGGUGGUUCGGGCGGAGGCUCCUCAGGGGCUUUACCCGCUGCUGUGGAUGAUUGGACCAUCAAACAACAAAAACAACUGGAGCAAGGUCUGCGUGAGCUGAAGGACUACAAAGAAAAGGACAAAUUUCAGAAAAUUUCCGGAAUAGUGGAUGGCAAGACUGCAAAGGAGUGUUUUGAUCGAUUCAAGUUUUUGUGCUCAAUAAAGCGUAAGGCUUAG